AUGGAAUUCCUCAACGCCAACUUCGGAGCUUCUCUCAUCCAAUCCAAGCACAAGACCACCAAGAAGCACAACUUGGUCAACUCCUGCUGCUGCUCCAAGCCCGCUGAGAAGCCCACAAACUCCUGCACUUGCUCCAAGUGUGCCUGCGAUUCUUGCAAGUGUUAA